GUGGAUGGGUUUCCUGUCCGCCUGCUGCAGCAUCAGGAUGCAGCCAUGCUGAGUGGCGGUGAGGCUGCGGCGGUCGGGGUUUCCUCGGAGGAGGUGGAGAAAGCAGAGGAGGUGGGCAGAGGGUUGCUGAGUGGGAAUCUGUGGCGAUGCCUCUUACUGGUUUGUCUGGUCAGGCAGUGGGAGGAAGGUUUCCUCAGCUGAUUCUGAAGAUUUCUGCCUGUUUUUGCUGCUUCAUGUGACUCUAACCUGUAAAAUCAGAAGAUUUGAACCAGAUCUAAACGGAUGAGCCACGUUUCUCCUCACGGACCGAUUUCUCUCCCCCUGGAGGUCAUGCCGGGCAGCCCAGAGAACAUCCCCCUGGGGGAGUGCGCCCUCUCCCAGUCCCAGGACCGGCUGACGCCGCCCAGCCACGCAGCCAGCACCGUCUUCUCUCUGUCCCGCAGCGAGUCGCUCUGGACCCCGGAGCCGCCGCCCAAAAGAUGCGACGUGUUCUGGUUCCCCAUUCACUUCAUGUCCACCGGGGGCAGCUUCCUGGCCUGCGGCGUCAUCAUCAGCGGCCUGUGCUUCGCCAGCCAGUGCCAGCCGGCCCCCGCCCUGCUGGGACCGGCCCUGCUGUCCAUAGGGCUGAUGGUGCUGGUGGUGGGGGUGGUGCUCAUCCCCAUCACCAAGAAGAACAGGAAGCGCUCCCACAUGCGGAGGCCCCUCGGCUACUACAAGCCUCCGGCCGUCGACGUGUGACGUCA